UCUCCGUGCCCAAUAGUAACCGGAACGGCUGGCACUGGAUGCACACACGCACACACAGACACAAACACAUGCACGUUAGACUUCAUUACACUCAACUCGCUUACUUCACGCCAUAAACCGACAGGCGACACGGGCAGUAUGGCUGCAGUCUUACGUGGGUGAAAAAGAGCCAGUAACACCUCUCAGCAGACUUCAAACUCUGGAACCCAUGAUGAAUCACAUGACCGAAGAGUCUUGUCACACUGUGUAGUGGCCUUUCACACUGAGGACUCUCAUGGCAUGAAUUAAAAAUUUGUUCCUGUUGGAUAUGUGCACCAGCCAUUUGGAUUAUUGGAGCCCCAGUGAUUAAGCACCGUGAUUGGACAACUGAAGGGCCAUGGCAAAGACAAAAGAAAUCCUGAACCUGUCCUUCCUCCAAGAACACGAGCGAGAGAUGAUCCUCAGCGUUCUGCAAAAAGACGAAAAACUCCGCAAACGAGAGGAGAAGCGCAUCAGAAAGCUGAAGAAUGAGCUUUUGGAGCUGAAGCGUCGUGGUCGGCGUGGUAACCCAGAGCAGCGGGAGUGUGGCGUGUGUCUGCGAGCUCUGGGUCUGAUCCUCCAGAGGGGCAGUGUGUGUUUUGAGUGUCACCGACGUGUCUGCAGCUAUUGCACAGCCAUGAGCUCGAACAGCAGCACGACCAAGUGCACUGUCUGUGCCAAAUCUGCGGAGCUGAAGGUGGUCACAGGCGAGUGGUUUUUGGAAGAACGGGCCAAGCGCUUUGAACACAUGUCAGUCCCUAGCAGUGAUGUCAUAAAACAGUCCAUCCUCAACAGUGUUCCUGAUGGACGCUCUGGCCAGAAGAAGCUUUCCCCAUCAGGACUGGACCGGCCAGCCACGCCUCAGUCUGAGCGUUCAGCCUCACCCCAAUCUGAGAAGAGUGUUGGCCGGUACAUAGGAAAGAAGAAAGGGACCAGACCAGUGGCUGUAGAGUCAUCAGGGUUACCGACGACACUGAAUAACAUGCGCUUACACUCGGGCCGAUCACCGUCACAGGCUGAAGGAAGGAAAAGGCCUGAUGGGGCUGAGAGUGUGUACAGUGUACACAGCAGUGACAGCAUUCCUGAAAAGAUCAGCACUGGAGGGAAGCGAAAAGACUCAGGCACACCCUCUAUCGCUGUGUCCAGAGCCUCCCUUUCAUCAGACCGCAGUCGCUCCGAGGUUGAUCUCAGUAAUCUGGGUGACGGGUUUAGUAAUGAGUCCCUGUCUGGCCGCUGCCGCUCAGUUCCUGGGCUCAAUGAUGCCGACUCAGAUGAAGACAUUGAUGCCCUGAUGUCUGCUCACUACAAAACCACCCGCAGUGUCAGCAGUGCUCAAUCUGUGUCUUCCACUCCAGGCUCGCAGCGAAAGUGGGGCUACCUUAAUGUACCCGACUCAGAUGCUGAGACUAGCAGUCUGAACAGUAUUAUGAGCGUGUACAGUGAGAUGGGUGACUACGGCAACGCACGUGUUUCUGGAGAGAUCCUGCUGAACAUUUCCUACAGCUAUAAAACAGGAGCACUCAACGUUCUAGUGCGAGAGUGCCGCUGCCUAGCAACCGGAGAUGACCGGAGACAGCGGACAGACCCUUAUGUCAAAACCUACCUUUUACCAGACAAAUCACGUCAAAGCAAACGAAAAACCAGCAUCAAAAGCAACACUACCGACCCAGUAUUCAACGAGAACCUGAGGUAUGUGGUGAGUCAUUCCCAGCUGGAGACGCGUACUCUACAGGUUUCUGUGUGGCAUCAUGACCGCUUCGGACACAACACCUUCUUAGGAGAGACUGAGCUGACCUUUGACUCUUGGGAAUUUGACAAGCAGAUAGAGGAUUGGUUCCCUUUGCAACCCAGAGCUGAGUGCUCUACAGACUCUCUGAUGCAGUAUAAAGGUGAGCUGACUGUGGUGCUUAAGUACAUUCCUGCAGAGAGGAACCUUUCACUGCCACUGGACCAAAUACAAGUGAAAAGGGGUUUUCUGAAAGGGAAGAAGAGUAUCACUCUGCCAAAAGGAGGCAUGGUAGAGCUGCUGGUUAAAGAAGCCAAAAACCUGACAGCUGUCAAAUCAGGCUCCUCUGAUCCAUUUGUCAAAGGGUACCUGCUGCCUGAUGACAAGAAGAGCACGAAACACAAGACUGCAGUGGUGAAGCGUUCGGUGAACCCACGCUGGAAUCACACUUUCACCUACUGCGGCCUGCAGCACAGUGACCUGGACAGCGUGUGUCUGGAGCUCACUGUCUGGGACAAAGAGCCACUCGCCAGCAACGUCUUCCUUGGGGGAGUGAGACUAGGAGCUGGGACAGGUCUGAGCUAUGGGAAGGAGGUGGACUGGAAUGAUUCCUAUGGCGAGGAGCAGCGACUAUGGCAACGCAUGAUCGACAACCCAGAGGUUCCACAGGAGUGCACGCUGAUGUUGCGGUCCAGCAUGGCCAAGAGAAAGACAUAGAGAAAGAGGUGCAGAGGGAUAGAUAUGUGUCUUGCAAUAUUCAUCAAAAGCUACUGCUCUUUGUCACCUUAUAGAAAAGUGCACUUUGCAUACACAGAUAGAUGCUACAUUAUGAUACACACAGACACACACGUAUACACACAGAAACACUGUCCUCGAGAUUAGCCUUGAUCACUGCAUUUUAAGAGCCAGACAUUUGCAAACAUGACCAUACAGUCUUCCUGUCUAUAUGAGCACCCCGUCCUUCAUCACUGUGUCUCUCCACUGCACAAGCAUGCAUCAAACGUGCACAAAUAUAGCCAAAAUCACAACACAAAUAACUUAAUCCAAGGUCAUGGCUGUAAACAGCACAAAGGCUUAAAAGACACAAAAAUUGCUCACACACAUGAAGACACAUUUAUGAUGGCACAAACCAUUCUUUUCAAAGUGCACACAAAUUAGAUAAACUAUAAACAGCGAAGCACAUUCACUGCCACUCUCAUAUAGAUAGAAAAAAGACAACUCUGCUUUUAGUGCAAGUCUGUUGUGAGGAGUCUGUUUCCAGUGCGGUUGUAGCGAUGAGAAAUCAAGCACACCUCAAUGAUUCAGUACAUGUCUCUCCAGUAGUGCAUGCCUGAAGCAGUGUUCAUUGAGCAUUAGAGCUGAAGUGCUCUACCUCAGGCUGUCCUCGUGUCCAGAGUAAUAGUGGGCGAUAUGACUAAAACAUCAUAACACAACACUUUAAAAACAUUUCUGUAAUGCACAACACAUAUCAAUAUAUAGAUUUGCUAAUAAACUGCCAGCAAAACAGUAAAACAACAUGUUAAAUGAUACUAUUAUUUAAUGUCUACACAUGACAAAGUGUUGUUUGCUUGUUCUCCCCUUGUCUAAAUCAGUGUCCCUCCAGGCUCUCCAGUUUCCCACUUCCCAAAUAUAUGGCAGUAGGUGGAUUGGCUACAUUGCACUUAGGUGUGAAUGAGUGUGUGAGAGUGUGUGUGGAUGGUACCUUGUGAUGGACUGGGGUUCCAUUCAGACUGUAUUCCUUCCUUUUGCCAUGUUCCCAGGAUAGGCUCUGGAUCCACAACGGCCCUGACCGAGAUAAAAUAUUUACUGAAGAUGAAUAAAUUAAAAUGAGAAAUUAUUUAAUUCUGUAAAAAAGUUAAACAUUCAGUACAAAAUUGUGACAUCAAAUCAGCUGUUUGCAAUCACUUUAUAAUUGUUAUUAAAAAUGUUGUAAAUGUUAGAAAAAGAUGAUAUCUGUGAUAUCUCUGAAAAGUGUAUUGUGACAUAAUUGAUCCCAAUAACACUGUAUAUAAAGUUGUCACACUGCCCAGCCCUAGUCCAGAGGUAGCCAGCCAGAAUUAAUCAUGUCUUGAGUGUUUAAUUUGUUCAAUGUUUGAAACCUGAGUAAGUGAAAGAUGUACACCCACUGUCCACUUUAAUAGGAACACCUGUACACCUGCUCAUUUAUGCACUUAUCCAAUCAGCCAAUCAUGUGGCAGAAGCAAAAUGCAUAAAAUCAUGCAGACAGAGUUCAAGAGCUUCAGUUAAUGUUCAUAUCAAACAUCAGAAUGGAUAAAAGGUGUGAUUUCUGUGACUUUAACCGUGGCAUGGUUGCUGGUACCAGAUAUGCUGGUUUGAAUAUUUCAGAAACUGCUGAUCUCCUGGGAUUUUCACACACAACAGUCUCUAGAGUUUACUCAGAAUGGUGUGAAAAACAAAAAAAACAUUCUGUGAGUAGAGUCUGCAGUCGGAAACACCUUGUUGAUGAGAGAGAUCAGAGGAGAAUGACCAGACAGGCUAUGAUGGGCACAGACUCAUCAAACCUCGACAGUUGAAGAUUAGAAAAAAAAAAAAAUCACCUGGUCUUUUUCCAGUCUUCGACUGUCCAGUUUGGUGGUCCAGUCUGUGCUCAUGAUAGUCUCAGAUUCCUGUUCUUGGCUGACAGGAGUGGAACCCAAUGUAGUCUUCUGCUGUUGUUGCCCAUCCACCUCAAGGUUCGAUGUGUUGUGCAUUCUGACAUAGUUUUCUCCUCACCCUGGUUGUAAAGAGUGCUUAUCAGAAUCAGAAUCAGAAUUAGCUUUAUUCACCAAGUGUGUGCGUAGACACACAAGGAAUUUGUUGUGGUUUUUUAAGGUGCUCUUGGUACAUACAUACAUAUCUUACAUGAGAACAGAAAACAUUUAAAUAGUAAGACUUAACAAUAAAAAAUAAAAAAUAAUAAUGUGUAUUAAUCUGGAACAGAAGAUUUAUUUACAGAUUUAUGCAUUAUUUACUCUAUAUACAGCUGUAUAAAUAAAGAGAUAUGCAUAUGUAUUUACAUAAUACUUGAGAAAGAGGCAGUAAUUAGAGAUGGAGGAGGAAUUACGGAAGUGAAUUACAAAAAACACAGGUAAUGAUUCCUGUGUUAGCUGUUUAAGCUGGAGAUGGCAUGGGGGAAAAAAACUGUUUUAUGCCUAGAUGUUCUAGUGCACAGAGAUCUGUAAGGUCUGCCUGAAGGGAGGAGUGCAAACAGGUUGUGGCCGGGGUGAGAGGGGUCUGUGAUGAUGUUAGCUGCCCGUUUCUUCACUCUGAAGUUGUACAAGUCCUGAAGGUUGGCCAGGUGCACACCAAUGAUCCUUUCUGCUGGCCUAACAGUCUGUUGCAGUCUUCUUAUAUCUGAUUUGCUGGCUGACCCAAACCAGACAGUUAUAGAAGAGCACAGAACUGACUCAAUAACAGCUGAGUAAAACCGUGUCAUCUGCGCCUGUGGCAGGUUGAAUUUUUUCAGUUGACGAAGGAAGAACAACCUCUGCUGGGCCUUUUUCACAAUGGUGAAUGUCCCAUUUCAGGUCCUGUAGAUGGUGGUGCCCAGGAACUUGAAUGACUCCACUGCAGCCACAGUGCUGUCCAUGAUGGUGAGAAGGGGGAGAGCAGGGGGGUUCCUCCUGAAGUCCACUAUCAUCUCCACAGUUUUGAGCGUGUUCAGCUCCAGGUUGUUGUGACUGCACCAGACAGCCAGCUGCUCAACCUCUUGUCUGUAAGCAGACUCGUCGCCAUCCUGAAUGAGGCCGAUGACUGUAGUGUCAUCUGCAAACUUCAGGAGUUUGACAGAGGGGUCUUUAGAGGUGUAGUCAUUUGUGUAUAGGGAGAAAAGCAGUGGGGAGAGAACGCAGCCCUGAGGAGCUCCAGUGCUGAUGGUGCGGGUGUUGGAUGUGAAUUUUCCCAGCCUCACUAGCUGCUGCCUGUCUGUCAGGAAGCUGGUGAUCCACUGACAGAUAGAGGUGGGUACAGAGAGCUGUGUCAGUUUAUUCAGAAGGGUAUCUGGGAUGAUGGUGUUGAAAGUGGAGCUGAAGUCCACAAACAGGAUCCUUGCAUAAGUCCCUGGUUUGUCCAGAUGUUGGAGGAUGUAGUGCAAUCCCACAUCGACUGCAUCAUCCACAGACCUGUUUGCUCGGUAAGCAAACUGCAGGGGGUCCAGCAAGGGUCCAGUAAUGUCCUUCAAGUAGGCCAACACCAGCCUCUCAAAUGAUUUCAUGACCACAGACGUUAAAGCAACAGGUCUGUAGUCAUUUCGUCCAGUGAUUUUUGGUUUCUUGGGUACAGGGAUGAUGGUGGAGCAUUUGAAGCAGGACGGGACUUCACACAGCUCCAGUGAUCUGUUGAAGAUCAUCGUGAAGAUGGAUGAUAGCUGGACAGCACAAGCUUUGAGGCAGGCUGGAGAGACACCAUCUGGGCCUUUGGCUUUCCUUACCUUCUGUUUCCUGAAGACUUUGCAUACAUCAUCUUCACAGAUCUUAAGUACAGGCUGAGAAACAGUAGGGGGGAGCGAUGGGGAGGGUGUUGAUGGCUGUGUUGUGAGACGGUCAGAGCGGGUGUGGGGUGUCAGACCAGGCUUUUCAAACCUACAGUAGAACUCGUUCAGGUCUUUAGCCAGAUGUUGAUUGGCCUCAGUGCAGGGGUAUGGGGUCUUGUAGCUGGUGAUGGCUUUCAGGCCUUUCCACACUGAUGUAGAGUCAUUAAUUGAAAGCUGUUUUUCCAGUUUUUCAGAGUAGUUUUGCUUUGCCACUCUUAUCUCCCUAUUUAGAGUGUAUUUGGCCUGUUUGUACAAGGCUUUGUCCCCACUUCUGUAGGCGUCCUCUUUGGCCUGGCAAAGCUGUUUGAGUUUUGCACUGAACCAAGGUUUGUCACUGUUAAAUGUUAAAUAAGUCCUGGUGGGAACACACAUGUCCUCACAGAAACUGAUGUAGGACGUCACGGUGUGAGUGAGCUCAUCCAGAUCAGUAGCUGCAGCCUCAAAAACACUCCAAUCAGUGCAGUCAAAGCAGGCUUAUUUGAGUUACUGUAUCCUUCCUGGCAGCUUUAAACAAUCUGGCCAUUUUCCUCUGACCUCUCUUAUCAACAAGGCGUUUCCACACACAGAACUGCUGCUCACUCAACGUUUUUUGUUUUUUUGCACUAUUCUGAGUAAACUCUAGAUAGAUAGAUUAAACUCUAUUGUUGUGUGUGAAAAUCCCAGGAGAUGAGCAGUUUCUGAAAUAUUCAAACCAGCCCAUCUGGCACCAGCAACCAUGCCAUGGUUAAAGUCGCAGAGACCACACAUUUUCCCCAUUCUGAUGUUUGAUGUGAACAAUAACUGAAGCUUUUGACCUGUAUACGCAUGAUUUUGUGCAUUGUGCUGUUGUCACAUGAUUGGCUGAUUGGAUAAGUACAUAAAUGAGCAGAUGUACAGGUGUUCCUAUUAAAGUGGACAGUGAGUGUAUGUGGACACUCCUGUGUAAGACUUUUAGAGACAUUUGCAGAAAGUACACACGUACUUCGGUCAAGUGAGGUAGAUUAUUUUCAUCCUGUUCAUAUACACCUAUAAUGGGAUGAAAUAUUGUGCCUUGAAAUUCAAAAUGCUACAUACAAGACUCUACAGUCUCCAAACCCGCAACUAUAUAAUGUACAAAUAAUGCGACAAGUGUAAGACAAAAUCAUUGCACAAAUGUGGAAUUCCAGCAAAAAAGUGCAGUACAAGAGUACAAAUACACAGGAUGGUGCAGGUAAUGACACUGUAUACACUAACGUCACAGAACAGCAAGAACAGCAUCAGGGUGAACUAGAUGGCAUAGUUGUUGUGAGAAGUGUGUGAUAAUAUGAUAAACCAUCAUACACAGCAGCAUACACAGGUGUAUCAGGAUCUACCUGCUCCUGAAGAUCUCUUUUCCUACAGAAUUUAGUUAGAGCUCUAAUCCCACACACCUGGGAUCAGUCUGAGGACCCCAAGGGAGUCCUUAUUGUUAUUAUUAUUAUUAUUAUUAUUAUUAUUAUUAUUAUUAUUAAAAACUUUGUUAAAGUGGUGAAAAUCACAAUCCAUUAUUAUCAAAGUCAUUAUAUUUAUUAUUGUGUUCUUUAUAGUUAUUAUCCCAUUUGACCUGCCACUUGAACCGGUUCAAUCCAAACCUUAAAAACUCAAAAACAAGCAAUUAAUAAGUGAUUUCAAAAUAGACCUAAUGUGUUUGAUUGGUAAAACGUUUAGGAGUAAAACAUUAUGUGGUUCCCAUAAAUAGCCAAAAUAUUAUGGUACAAAUUAUUUAAAAUUAGUCUGUUUUUUUGAAAAGUUAGAUCAUGUUUCUAGGGUUUCUGUGAAUUUUAAUUUUCCAGUUUAAAGGUCUCCAGCUGCAAAACCCCUGCUCUAGAUAAUCAGUCUUUAGAAAAUCUUGAUUUACUGGAUCAGCUCUGUUGGAUUAGAGUUUCUAAAGUGAAUUCUAUAGAAAAUUAGAUAUAGAGUAUAUAGAUACAUCAACAUGAAAGACAUGAGUGUAGUUUAGAAGAUGAUAAAGUGAUGAUGAGAACAGUGGUAGUCAUGGGACUUUUUUUAUUUAAAGAAUGAUGUUGAAGCAUACAACAUAGAAGCACCGACCCGUGGAUUUGAACAAUUGUAUACAAUUUACACAUGGACCCUCUAGAUUUGUGUGAGGUUGAAGAGGAUCUGAUAAACAAGCUGCCAUUUGUAUUGUUAGUCCUUCAUUCCUGUUUGUAACAGUAAGCCUUAAAAACAAGACAUGGCAUCACCUCAAAAGUAUAACCGGUGUCAUAUUCGCCUGUGUGGUGUUUAUAAGGCUUUCUGAGUAGCAAGGUAUGACCUGUGCGUGUUAAAUGUUAAGUCAGUGUGUGUUUGUUGCCUGAGUGUGAAGCAUGUUCAGUGUGUAUGUGUGCAUCAGCUCUGAGCAGGGAGAUUGCUCAGGAAUCUGCUUACAGACAUUGUUUGUGUCUUCAGAUACUCUUAGGCAGUUAACAAUAAACUAUAUUAACCUCUC